AGUGAAAUAAAAUCUGUCUUUUCACUUCUUCACGGCCGAAAUGUUGCUGACGGAGGAAAUUUGGUUGCCUUUUUGGGUGAAUAUGUAUUUGCGGAGCUUUUGACGUGUGAAAGCUCUCGUGUGUCUUCGCUGAACUACUUUUCAAUUGUCGGUAUUGCAGAGAGGAAAUAUAUAUCGCACGAGUUUCUCUAUCGAACUUUGCGUACCUUUGAAGAUUUUCUUCUCUUUUUUUCUCUAAAUUAAUUGCAAGAAAAGAAAUUAUUGAGCUUUGCUUGGUUUCUGUGAAAUUAUGCUCUUCUGAAGCAUGAAAUCAGCAAAAUUUUAGUCUUAUCGAGGAGCUUUUCAGCUUAUAACGCGAAUAAAAUAAUAAUUUUUCAAUCAAGAAAACUAUCAUUUUCUAUAUUUCUUGUCAUUGUCUUUUUUUGUGGCAAAUAGAAGUGACCUGAAUAAGAAAUCCCAAAAAUGUGUUAUUUACUGUGUAAAAUAUAUAGCAAUUAAAUGAUAUUUGGUUUUAAUGUUGCAAGAAAACAAUAUUUUUAUUCUCCAUGACUUGAUAUUUUGCUUAAUAAAAUUGAAUUCGGCAGCAAAAAUUUCGCAGUUGAGUUGAGUUUGGGAAAUUGUGAAGUGAUUACACAGUGAAAUUUGCGCUAUGAUGUUCUUAUUCUUCGUGCUAGUUCUUCUAACUUUGGCUUUCUAUUGGGCAAAUCGAGCUAGAAAGUAUUGGAGUGAUCGUGGAAUUCCUCAUAUUCCGUCUCCUGUUCCUCUCCUUGGCAAUUUUUGGGAAAUCUUUGCGUUCAGAAAGUCUGCGGCAAGUGUCUUUGAGGAUCUCUACUAUGACAAGAAGACAAAGGACGAACCUGUGGUGGGAAUCAAUUGCUUCCACAAGCCCGCAAUCGUAAUCAAAGAUCCUGAGUUGAUUAAGCGUGUUCUCGUGAAGGAUUUCAAUAACUUCUCAGACAGGCACGUUUCGUCUGAUGCUCACUCAGAUUCUUUGGGAAGCAAUAAUUUGUUUAUGAUGCGAAAUCCCGAGUGGAAGGAAAUGCGCUCGAGAUUGUCUCCAGUGUUCACGUCGGGCAAAAUGCGUCACUUCUUCGCGCUCAUGAUGGACGUGGCGGCGGAUCUUGAGAAGUUCCUCCACAGAGAAUCUCUCAAGGCAGACACAAACUCCUUCACGACGGAAAUGAAGGAGUUUUGCGCUCUGUUCACCACAGACGUCAUCGCAAGUUGUGCUUACGGCAUCGAGGCGCACAGCAUGAUUAAUCCAAACUCAGACUUUCGUCGCAAUGGCAGGAAUGUCUUUGACUUCAACUUCAGACGAGCGCUGGAGCUGAACAGCUUCUUCUUCUUGCCCGAAUUGGUGCCACUCUUCAGAUUCAAGGUGUUUUCCGCCGACACAACACACUUUCUCAGAUCAACCAUGAAUCACGUCAUGUCGGAGCGCGAGAGAAGUGGAACGGCGCGCAAUGAUCUGAUUGACAUCCUCAUAGCCAUGAAGAAUGCGAAGCAGGACAAGGAAGAUCGCAUUGUGUUCCAAGGUGAUGUCCUUGUGGCGCAAGCGGGCGUCUUCUUCACAGCGGGCUUCGAGACAUCAUCGGCCACGAUGUCCUUUGCAUUGUACGAACUGGCGAAGCAGCCGAAACUCCAGCAACGCCUUCAGAAGGAAAUUCGACAGCAUGCAGAGAAGCACGGAAAGUUGACCUAUGACAACAUCAAUGAACUUGAGUAUCUCAACAUGGUGAUUCAGGAGACACUGAGAAUGUAUCCGCCGCUGCCGUUCCUCGACAGAAUCUUCACGCCAACGCCUGACCAGAAGAACUACUCCCUUCAGCCCUUCGCUGACUUCGCCCUCAGCCCAGGCACACCAGUCUUCAUCCCCAUCUACUCCAUCCAGCGCGAUCCCAAGUACUACGCCGAUCCCAACACCUUCAAUCCCAACCGCUUCCACCCGGACAACAAGGAUCAGCUGCAUCCUUACACGUACUUCGCCUUCGGCACGGGUCCGCACGACUGCAUUGGCAAGCGCUUCGGCCUGAUGCAGGCCAAGAUUGGCCUCAUCAGCAUCCUCAAGGACUACACGGUGGAGUUCUGCGACAAAACAGCGCCAACAAUGACGCUGGAGAAGAAGGCGCUCACCCUCCAGGCCGAGGGUGGCAUUUACCUCAGCGUGAAGCGCCAAUAG